AUGUCAAAGUCUCACUCAACCAGUGAUGGUCCUAAAGGGGAAGCUGGAACAGCGGGACCUGUGGGACCAAAGGGAGAUCAGGGCUUCCAAGGAUCCCAAGGAUUCCCAGGACAACCGGGUCCUCCAGGUUUCUCGGGAAAAGCAGGUCCUCCGGGCCCUCCAGGACCACAAGCUGAGAAGGGUAGUGCUGGAGUUCAGGGCCCACAGGGACCCACAGGUCCCCCAGGAUCAACCGGGGCCCCAGGCAUGCCUGGACCACCUGGAAUGGAGGGACUUGAUGGCAAAGAUGGAAAGCCAGGUUUAAGGGGUGAACCAGGACUGCCUGGCUCUGCUGGACCCAGGGGAAUGCCGGGUUUCAAGGGCAUCAAAGGACACACAGGUCUCCCAGGAAUGAAAGGAGAUAGAGGACCUCAGGGACCUGCUGGAGCAGCGGGAAGGCCUGGUCUAGAGGGUGAUCCCGGUCCUCCUGGACCACAAGGACCACCUGGAGCGCCAGGACAUGUUGGUGCUGCCGGAUCUUCAGGGCCGCCGGGACCAGUUGGGCCACAUGGAGUGGGCAUUAAGGGAGACAAAGGUGAGGCAGGAGAGAGAGGCCAGCUUGGAUUACCUGGCCCACCAGGGCUCCCAGGACAUCCAGGGCUGAUGGGUGAACCAGGGAGUGAUGGAGCUGUGGGUAAAGACGGAGCCCCAGGCCUGCCAGGAGAACCUGGUCCAUCGGGACCAAAGGGCGAAGCAGGGGCUGCAGGGCAAAGGGGACCCCCGGGAGAGCGAGGACGUCCUGGCCCACCAGGAGGAGGCUUUGGUUUUGGCUCCAAAGGACCAGAAGGGAUCAUAGGACCAGCUGGACCCCGUGGUGAGAGGGGAAAUCCUGGUUCCCCUGGACCAGCUGGUGCCUCCGGACCACCAGGAAUCCCAGGGAAUGAAGCUGUUGUAAACUAUGAUGAUUUAAGGUCCUUCAUCAGGCAGCAGGUCAUAAAGAUCUUUGACGAGCGUAUGGGCUACUACAUGUCCCGAAUGCAGAUGCCUGUGGAGAUGGUUGCGUCCCCUGGUCGACCAGGACCCCCAGGGAAAGAUGGAAGUCCAGGCAUCACAGGUCCCCCAGGGAUACCGGGCCGCUCUGGGCAGAUUGGCCGCGAAGGAAGGCAGGGACCCAUGGGUCCACCCGGUGCCCCUGGUGUAAGGGGAGAAAAAGGAGAUAAUGGUGUUGGAGAGAUGGGAGACACUGGCCCUCCGGGUGCUCCAGGUGUUCCUGGUCCUCCUGGUUACAGUAAGAUGGGACCACCAGGUCCUUCUGGUCAGCAGGGCAUCCCCGGUAUUCCUGGUCCUCCAGGACCAUCUGGACCAAAGGGCAAGGAUGGUCGUUGUCAUCCGUCCGACUGUAUGAGUAUGCCUGUGGGGUACAAUCCCAAGGGCCCAGCUUCCAAAGGUCCCAUGUACUAGAAAAUGGUUUAAGAGAAAUAAAAGAUGGAGGAUGGUACCCACUGAUUCACAAUCUCACAGUUACCUACCUGUACCUGCUAAGGCUUCUGAGAAGAUCCAUGGAGAACCAAAGGAUUAAUGUAAUUUCCUUUCUGCAUGAUGCAAUACCAAAACACUGGUUCACCACCAAUGGGGACUUUUAUAAGUUAGUGUCUGCUGAUGAACCGGUGAAGAAAGGCUAAGCAUUAUUUAACACCACAACAAUCAGUGCAACUUCCCAAACUUGAGUGCCUUAACCCCUGAAUACUGUCCCAUAAUGCCAUCAUUUUUGAGUUUGUGUUUUACAAUUAUAGUAAAUUGAAGACUUCUAGAUCCCUGGACAUAUAAGGUGUUGACAGUCAUUAUAGGUACCCAGAUUUAUUCAGCGUUCAAGAUUUUUAAUUUCUUUACCAGGCAAAAUAUUUUGGUUUCCGAUUGACAUUUCACACCAGUCUUCAAGGUCCUUUAUUAACUAUUAAAGCAAUAUUCUGAGUUAACAUGAAGCUGAGUUAACAGCAUCCAUGGCAUGCUGUUGAUUAAUGCAGGAAUUAUUUUGACUCAUACCUCAUUUUGUGAAAAUGUUGACAGUUUUGUACUUCUAAUGGAAUUCUAUAGGGCAAGCGUUCAACAUUAUUGUUAUAUUUUUUUUUUCUUUUUUGAAAAUUAAGGUAUGAAUCAAAUUUUCUGCUGAAAAUGCCACAGAUGCUGUUGCUAGGGCUUGUAUUGAAUCUGUAAUAUUUCUUUAAUAAUAUCUUUGUGAGGGGGUCAUUUUGGCAGCUGCUAAUUUUGUUAUUUAACUGCUUUAGCAAAGACAAUGUGGCAUAAAUAUUUAUCUGUUUCCAGUGAAUAAUUCCUUCCACAGUGUGAGCUGUUUAAUAUAAAAUAGUUUGAGGUUAUCAUUAGGCAUAGAUACAGUUACCUAAUUAAUUAUGUUUACUAUUCAAAAUGAACUUCCCCAAGGGCUUGUGUUGUACAUAUUCAUAUUUAUAUGUAUUGGCUUUUUGUACUUUUUAAAAAAAAUCAUCAGCAUGGCAGCCCUUUUUAUGGUCGUCUCAGAUAUUUUGGAAUAAUUUUAUAAGCUCUAAAUAAAUGGAUGUUUUGUAAAGGUAAGUUUUAUAUGCAAUUUUGGGUUAGAAUGCAAUUUUGUGAUGUAUCAUGGGAUGGAAAAUAAUUUUAUUUUUAUAAGAAUAUUUCAGUGGCACCUAUUUCUCGAGCUCUGUGAUGACAUCUCCUCCUCUACCACUCUGGACUCUUAAACUUGAAUUUACUUUGAUAUACUGUACCACUUGCAGCUGAACCAUCAUGUGCUUCUAGAACACUCUAAUCUUAAAUAUGCUU